AGCGGGAAGAGGUGAAUUAUAAGACUAGUUUAGAUCGAUUUUUGUUUUGCUAUGAAUAAUUUAGUGGUCUUUAGACCACUGUUUUUUAUCCACGUGCCAAAUGUUAAUAACCUUGUUUGUGUUAUAUUGAAAGUUAAAAAUGUUGACCCUGAAGAGUCGAGCCGUCAGAAACAAAUUUUGAAAUGCAGGGAACUCAUUUUCACAGAACCCACUGUCAUUGCUACUCCGUUAUUGUGGAGUGUUUCAGAAUUCCAAGUAAUCCUCCAAAGAGAACAUUGGCAGACACAGAAGUUUCAAACCCGUCUAGAAAGAAUGGAUCUUCGAGUACUUGACUGCCAUCCCGCAGCCUACAGUAGUUUACAGUCGUGUCUACAGUACACAAUCAGGGCCAAACUUGCCCCGAAGUGGAACCAAGUAGGAACCCUGUUAGUUCAAGGAAGGGAAUUUUUGAAAUGUCCUGAUCCUCUGAUAGCCGUGAGUAAGUGUAUUGUUCUUGUAUAUAUACAAAUCUUGAGUUUGAAGUUU